UUUUAUCACAGCUCUCAAAGUGAAAAGCAGCUUAAGUGAUUGAUAAGACAAAAUUGAUUACUUUGAUUUUUCUGUCAAAAUGAAUCUUAUCAUUUUUGUUGUCUUCGCGGCAGUAGUUAAUGCUGAAAUGUCGACCACAGAAGUUGAAACAAAGUUCGCAGAGAACGAAAUUACGGCAGAUUUGAAAUUGCCGAAAGGUCCUUCGAAGUUGUUGGAAAUCACGUAUCCGAGCGGAGCAACUGUUAAUUUGGGAAAUGAACUUACGCCGACGCAAGUGAAAGAUAUUCCUUUCUUGAAAUGGGAAACUACUGACGAUGCUUUGUAUACGGUUUUGAUGACGGAUCCUGAUGCGCCAAGUAGAGCUAAUGCUACUUUUAGAGAAGUUCGUCAUUGGUUGGUUGUAAACAUUCCCCAAAACGACGUUAAAGACGGCGAUCAUCUCUUCGAGUUUAUCGGUUCAGGACCUCCGCAAGGAACAGGUCUUCAUCGUUAUGUCUUCCUCGUGUUCCGUCAACCCGCGAGAAUUGACGUUACAAACAUCAAACGCACCCGAAAUUGCAGUCGAGAAAAUCGCCUAUCGAGCAGUGCAAAAUCCUUCAUUGACGAACAUCAACUUGGCGAUCCGCUUUUCGGUAAUUUCUAUCAAGCGCAAUACGAUGAUUACGUUCCCGAACUCCAUAAGCAACUCGCUGGAUGCAAUUAAGAGUCACACACGAGAGAUCAUUAUCAAAAGAGUAAUGAAUGGAUGAUAGAUAAUAAUUUUAUUAUAUUUGCUCCUCUUUGCUUUGAUGAUUGAUUAAAUAACUCUAAUUAUUAGUUGAUGUCUCUCGCUAUUCAUCCUACAA